AUUUUGUUCUACUUUUCAUUGACGCACUUGAAAAUAAAAUAAAUUUUGUCGAGAAUGUUUUAUUUAAGUUGAUAGAUAUUCUUAUGGAUAACAAGUCAAACUUUUUAAAUAUAUCUGCCUUUGUUUUAAAUGUAUAGUUCGCAUAAAGUUACUUUACAAAAAAUAAAUAAAAGAAAAAAAUAUAAUAAUAACAACAAUAACAACAACAACAGAAGACGAAAACUAUAAAAUAUGUUUGUGUUUUUGCGAAACGUCAGCGACAGUUAACUAAACUACAUGAAUUAAGUGAGCAAAUGUGCUAUUAAUUACAUAAUUAUUCUUAUGGAUACAGCUAGUCUUUUCAAUGACUAUCAAAAUAACGGGGAAUUCCAUAUCUGGAACACGUCUUUCUCCGUGAUGCAAGGUCUAAUAUUUGAUGGUAAAACCUCAUUUAAAUGAAUCCGCAUCAAACAAACCUUACGGAUGUGACAGUAGCCAUCUCAAAGAAGAUCGCGCACGUGUUUAAUGGACGAACUACAGAGAUUGUAUGGAAGACAAAUCGAUGCGAGGGUCAGAAUUGUGUAUUUUAAUGUUUUUUUUUUCUUGGUAAUUAACUUUGGUCAACAUGUUUUCAAUCACUGUAACGAAUGCUAUAUAUGUUAAAAUUAUAAAUUUUAUGACUGCGCUGUUAUGAAUACAGCACGUAUACAUUUCACUGUGAUAUGUGAAUUAAUCACGUUUCUGGUUUUGAUUUUAAUAAUUUCAAUUUUUACAAAUAGUUGCGUCUUCUGAGCCAAUAUCUAUAUAAAAAUGGCCUGCGCAAAACCAGAGAAACAUUCGUAUAUUAGCAUGGAGAAAGGAUUUAAAAAUGUUAAUUAUUACUAUUGCGAACAGUGUUUGUACAAGACAGUCCGAAAACAUAACCUUAAACGACACGUUCUGAAAAUGCAUACAGAGUGCAGAAAAGAUCUCGAAUGUUGCGGGGUUGUUUUUCAGACAAAAUCAAGUUUUCGAGAUCAUUUGACAACCCUGCAUAAAAAUGGAUAUGUGUGCUCUAAAUGUCAUCGCGUAUUCCGAAGGAAGGCGUUACUAAUGCGCCACCUAACGGUACAUGGAGGAAGAAAAGAAUUCCAAUGUUCUACAUGUAACUACGAGACAAGUCAUAAAAGUAAUUUAUAUAGACACAAGAAAGUUCAUUUCAAGAAUAUGAUAGCUUAUAAUAAUCAAAAUAAAUGGUUAGAUGACGGAAAUAACUUUGUUUGUAGACCUGAAAGUCGUUCUGUCCAUGGCUACCCAGGUGGAAUCUUCCAAAAUCACUUCAAUUAUCGUAUUCCUGGAAAACCUCAUUGGUUGAACAAUUUACAAAUGCUCAGACCUUUCUCUCUGUGUUUAGGUCCUAUAGAUUUAGCAGACGGUAACUUGCAGCAGACGAAUAUUAGCAUACCUCGGUAUCCAACACCUUAUCCGAUCGCAGGAAACAAUAGUUAUUUCCGAAAUGGAGGAAACUUGAACCAGUUUGCUGGAAUUAUACCAACAACAAAUGUAUUCUGUCCUUUUAGAGGAAACAGGGAGAAGUGUUCGGUUUGUAAUUCGAAAGUUGAAGAAAAUAACUAUAAUAUCGGUUUAGAGAAUGGAAGGAAUAUUGUCACUGAAAAUAAAGGUACAGCUGAGAAAUUGGAUGCAUUUAUGGGUGUGGGUAUAGAAACCACCCCGCCUGUCAGAGAGAAGCCGUUCAGGAUGUGUUAUUUUCCGUAUAAGUGUAACUUUUGUAGCUUGAGAUUUGCCUCGCAGCACGAAUUGUCUAAUCACAGCACGGAGUGUGAGAACACACUUCAGUUCUGAAUCACGCAAUGAACUACUUAUACGUUUGUACUACAAGAAUUCGGAGCAAUUAACAUUUCUAUUAUUGUUGUUAUCUCAAUUGUCAAUGAUUCUGUCUCACUUUUUAAUGUUGUUAUUUUUUAUUGUUUAAUGUUGUUGUUUCGGUUUAAAUGUUGUUCAUUUCAAAAUAAUAAACAAUAACAACCGAAAGCGCUCUUACAUUGAGGGGACUUUGACUUUAGACCAGACAUGCCCUGGUGAACCCCCCCCCCCCCCCCACUGCGGCGGACACUCUUAUUAUAACACCCAACCCGUCCCCACCAUACAAACUUCUGGGGACAGGGAAAGUAGCAAAUGACUUGUGGACUAGUACUUUAUUGAAUGUUUUCUCUUUUUACACUUCUCCUUAAACAAAUAAUCUGUCCGAGAUUUUUUUAUUUAUGAUCUUGAUUUGUGGUGAUAUUUUCCGAAAAUUAGACUUAACUCUGUCGGCCCUUCUAACCGCUAUCUAACGUCGUCACCGUAGCUGGGGGAGUUUUUUUUUUUAUUGCAGUCAUUUUUCGAAAAAAAGGAAUGUUAAUUCACGUGUGGUUGAAACACACGGUGACUUCGAUCUAACAAGUUAAAACGAUGAAUAUAGAUGAUACGUUGACGAUUUUGAUUGCCGUAUUUAGUACUGUCAUUUUCUGUGGCAUCUGUAUACUUAGUGCAGUUAUUAUACAUAGGUGUUGCUGUUACAAGUCCAGAGGACGAAAUGAAAGCGAGGCUAUUCCCAUGCCAUCAAUCAUCCCCAGUGAUAAUUUAGAUAACGUAUGUACAAGUGGUGAUACUGAACAAAAUGAAAACAUCAACAAUAUAUUAUCAGAACAAAUUUUCCAUAUACAAGAAGACCAUCCCCGCCCCGAGCCGUCGGCACCACCCCUACCACCGGAAUAUUAUAUAGAAUAUACUUGAGGCCGGUUGUUGUUUUAUCCAGUGUGUGGCUAGUGAAUAUUUUAGAUAAAUAUGUCUUUCAACAUGAUAUAUCUUAUUGAAUAAGAAACAUAUACAUGUACAUGACAGUGAUUAACAACGAACACCGCUAUUUCGACAUGGAUACCCAUACAGACGCCUUCAUGUCCCUGUCUUCCACUAUUUCCGAGAUGUAAUGAUAGCAACAAAUACAAUAAAAUUAUCUAUGUUUGUUAAUCAAAUAUCUUGAGAGUGAUUUUGAAGAACUAUCAUUUUUGUACUUAAUUGAUCAACUCUGAAGUUAUACGUUCCAUUUAAACAUUAAAUUAUUUUAGUCGCUCUGUAUCAUGUGUAUGUUAUGUACAGAAAUCUACGUAUUUUUCUGCCGCGGUAUAUAGCAAAUGCAUUCUUAUUUCUCGAUUUCUUGUUAAGCUUACACGUUUAUACAUUACGACAUUCCCCUUGUUACAAAGAAAUUGUUCGAAAAAAAAACCCAUAAAACCCGUAGCUAAUACAUGUACUAAAUUUUUGUUUCCAUGACGUUAUUUCUAUUGUUCCGUUUGCAAUAAAUUCGAUGAUGAUUUUUGUUCAUUAACAUACCAGAAACCAUAAUUAAAACUAAGACAAAAUUAUACAUGGUUUAUACAUUUGUACAUAUAGACUUUAUUGUUAUUUAUUUUGAUGAUGCCUUUGAUGUUUGUUGUUGUUGAUGUUAAAGGUAUUUUUUUCUUUGGUUUGUUUUGUUAAUUCUUUACCUGGAUUUCAUAGAAACCAGCCUCAUUGCUGAAAACCCCAUACCUUUGGUAGAAGUAGACCUUGUAUUACCUUUCUCGUGCAUUAUUGCACGCACGACCGGAACAGUAAGUGGAAUCCUCCACCUUUCAAAAUUAAGUUACCUAAGAUAUAGCUUUUAUUAUCCUUAUCCAGUCCAUCGCCUACAUCUGUAAAUAAACCUAUUGUACAUGGUAUCAUCAUUGUAUCUUUAGAAGAUUGUUAUCUCUAUAUUGAAAUAGUGUGAUUGUCUUAUUCAUGGUGCAAGGUCCACAGUAGCUGUUUAGGAAAAUUAAAUAUGUAAGAAAAGAAAACGUUUUGAGUCCAGCCAGACUCCGCCUGUAAAUAUGACAUAAUAAUGUCACUACAUGUAUUUAGUUUUUGAAAGAAUCUCUAGAGGAAACAUUAGAUUCGUUAGAGUUAGAUAGACCACCUGAUUAUUCAACAUUUUUACCCGGAAUUUACCUUAAGAGAAAGAAUAUCAAAUAGUUAUUAAAAAAACGUUUAAACAAUGUUCAAAGAUCACAGAUAAAUAUUGUAGGUUGAUAUUUUAUCACAGGGUUAAAAUACAAAGAAGCACAUGGUAUAUGGAAUAAAGGAUAGAACUAAACGAUGUGACGUCCAGUUACUCUUUCUGAAGCGUACGAAUGCCCUCACUCACAUGCUAGGGCUCUAAAUUUUCCCUUAAAGUUACAUUAUACCUCAGAAACGAAUGAAUUUUCCUUUCUUCGGAAAGGGCCAAAAUAAGUUUAAUAGCAUUUAAAUGUUUUAACGUAUAUAAGAUAAUUGUCACCUGAAGGAAUUUGCGCUGGUUUUAUUUUUCAUAAAAGUAGCAAAAUUUAAACAAAGUGGUAUUUUUGAUAUUUUGACAUCCAUACAAAAUACUUAACAACUCUAACUAUAGUAAUUGCCGAAAAACAAUAGAAGCAAAAUAUGGUUCAGGUAAUUGCCUAAUUGUCCAAUGUGUAACUUUUUGGAAACUAUAUUAUGACACCAAAAAUAAAAAGCUUUUGUUAAUUUUCUUACUUUAUAGCUGUCUAUUAACAUUAACAAAUGAUAUCUAACUUAAUCUGAGGAGGAGUGAGUAUUAGCAACCCCUCAAAAAAGAAAUACUCCGGACAUUUUAUAUAUUUUAUUGCUUGUUUAGUUCAUUUGAUUGCCGUUAAACACUCGCUGGACUAUGUUGUAUAUUACAACUGGCUGAUACAUGUACAACAUAUUUAUUUACACCAUAAAUAUAAAUAAACGUUUGAACUAAUUGAUGUUCUA